AUGCCUGUGACCCCGUUCUCUUCGACCGAUCCCUACCAGUACGUCAAUGGCUUCGGGGGGUACAAGGAGAGUGAAGCCGUCGAAGGAGCGCUGCCUCUAGCGGCCAAUUCACCACAAAAAUGCCCUUACGGACUCUAUAACGAGAAGCUGUCCGGCACUGCCUUUACUGCGCCUCGCAACGAGAACCAACAGUCCUGGCUGUACCGCAUCCUGCCCUCAUCGAGCCACCAGAACUUCCAACCCGUGCCGACCUCUUCCUCGCAGUCGCUGACUUCACCCACACCCGAGUUCGGCAAACACUUUAAUGCCAUUCCCAACCAACUACGCUGGGAUCCCUUUGACUUCGACAAGGAUUCGUCAUGGAUCCAUUCUCUGCACCUCGUCGCCGGCGCGGGCGACCCGCAGAUGAAGCAGGGCAUUGGCAUUUACAUUUACGCCGCCGGCACUUCGAUGCCCGACAAGACCGCCUUCUACUCUGCUGAUGGAGACUUCUUGAUCGUCCCACAGCAUGGAGAUCUCAACAUUCGGACCGAGCUGGGUAGGAUGCUCGUCCGCCCGAACGAGAUUGCAGUCAUCCCGCGUGGCAUCCGAUACCAUAUCACUCACACCGAACCUGUCCGUGGGUACAUCCUCGAGCUGUACCAGGGCCAUUUUCAGCUACCGGAACUCGGCCCCAUCGGCUCCAACGGUCUGGCCAACGCGCGUGAUUUUCAGACGCCGGUAGCAGACUUCAUCGAGGAUUUUGAGGAUACCGAGUGGACGCUAUACGCCAAAUUCGGCGGCAACCUUUUUCAAGCCAAGCAGAACCAUAGUCCCUUUGACGUCGUCGCCUGGCAUGGUACCUACUACCCUUACAAGUACGAUCUGGGAAGAUUCAAUCCCGUAGGCAGCAUCUCCUACGACCACCCCGACCCAUCGAUCUUCACUGUGCUAUCCGCGCCCUCACACCCCCACGGUGCCGGCACAGCUGUGGCUGAUUUUGUCAUCUUCCCACCUCGAUGGCUGGUCGCCGAAAACACCUUCCGUCCACCAUGGUAUCACCGCAACACCAUGUCCGAAUUCAUGGGCCUGAUUGGCGGCACCUACGACGCCAAAGGUGCGGGCAAAGGCGGUUUUCAACCCGCUGGUGCCAGCUUGCACAACACCAUGAGCGGCCAUGGCCCAGACAUGCAGACGUUCGAGAAAGCGUCGACGGCGGAUCUGCCGCCUCAGAAGGUUGGUGAAGGCAGCAUGGCCUUCAUGUUCGAGAGCUGCCUCAUUCUGGGUGUGACCGAGUGGGGCCUCAAGACGUGCGCAAAGGUACAACAGUCGUAUAACGAGCACUCAUGGGAGCCGCUCAAGGUGCACUGGAAACGGCCCGAGAGGAUGGGCGUGAGUAAUGGGGAGAAGAAACGCGGGGUUGGCGAUGCGAAAGACCAGAGCAGCGUGCAUGACCUCAAGUAG